UUAGUUUUAAAUGAGCUAUUGUCUCCUAGGUGAUGGAGACAAUCAUCUCCCACGGCAACUAAAGAAUUAUUUUUGAAAAACAAAAUCAAAGUUACCAAUUGAAAAUCAGGCCAUAGGCCUAUGUGCCUGUCAAACCUUCCAAAAAUCAGCUGGGGAGUUUUUUAAAAUUAUUUUCUUACUGAAAUAUGAAAUAGGCUAACAGCAAAAAUGCGGAGGAAAGCCACUACGAAGUGCGCAAAAGGAAAUACCAAUAUUAAAGCAAGAGAAAAUACACAGUUAAAGGUAGUAAAACAAUUGGGACGACCCACCAAAACUCCGACUGGGAAAGGCCUUGGAAAAGCGGGAGCCAAGCGUUUGGGCCGACUUCUAAAACGAGCCAUCCAGGACCCGGACGAGUCCACCGUGACGGGGAAGGUUUCUCUGCCAAAGACUCCUGUUCGCCUUUUCAAGCAUCAGAUUCAAACUAAGGCUGAGAAUGCACCAAAGACAAACACUGCAAUAUCGGCCUCGCCUCAUGUUCCCCAGCUCAUCCUCAAUGUGGUUUCCCAGUGCAAACACCGAGGUGGCAUCUCCAUGGCGGAGCUCAAGCAGACGCUGGCUGCUGGAGGCUACAAUGUCACCAAGAACAACAGGCGGGUGAACGUGGCGACUCAAAGACUGAUUAACAAUGACAAACUUGUACGAACUACAAGGAAUGUAACGUUCAGACUCAACAAUGAGAAAAAUCAGAAACAGACAAGCAGUGUGGUCUCGCCACAACUGAAAGGAGUUCUGAAGAACAGCAAAGCAACCACCAAAUCCUCCCAAGAAGCAGAAAAGUCACAGAGACAAGCCAGAAAGACUCCAAAACCAAAAGGCAGGACUCUCAAGCCAGCAGCCAAAUUACCAGAACGCAAGACUCGUAAGCCAGCAGCCAAAUCACCAAAACCAAAAGGCAGGACUCGUAAGCCAGCAGCCAAAUCACCAAAACCAAAAGGCAGGACUCGUAAGCCAGCAGCCAAAUCACCAAAACCAAAAGGCAAGACUCGUAAACCAGCAACCAAAUCACACAAACCAAGACAGCAGACACCCAAAGCAAGAAGAAAAUCACCAACGCCAACAGGGAAGAAAAGCAGAUCUGCAACGAAAUGCGUGGCACGGGUUCGAAAGGCACCAAGGAAGGCUCAAAGGGCUCCGAGACGUCGACCAAAACAAAACCAGCAACCGUAUAAAUCUUCCCGGAAAAGCCAGCAACCAAUGCCAAGACUAAAAACACAACGUCGAGUUACCAGGAGAAGAGCUUACUACUAUUAGCAUUUAGGUGAAUUAAAGGCGAGCAGGAAUAAACUCAAACCUUUCUAGCAACCUGAAA